UUUAAUUUAUCUACCACACAAGUCAAAGUCUCAAAGCCAAAAAAAUGAGAUGGAAAAUUCUUCUACAACGCUUGGAAAAAACAGGUGUGGAUAGAAAUUGGGAAAGCAAGAAAAAAAAACAAAGACAAUUUCCAAUUUGAACUCUUCUUGAAAAUGGAAUGAUAUAAAUCCUUCCAUGUUGUUCUCAAAUCAGUGUUAGUUUCUCUUGCUCCAAAGGGGUUUUCAAUAUUUUCAUGGCUGUUAUGUCUCUUUAAGUCUUUUUCAGAUUUAGUCGCCUGUGUUUGAAUUGAAGUGGUUGUGUGUGGAAGCAUUAUGUGGUAGCAUUUGUUAGUGUUAUUUGUUUCAUGGGAAGAAAAGGGUUGUUGUUUCAUUUAUUACUGAACUGCAUUGUAAGAUGAUGGUUGUAGAUUUGCUUACUUCUGGUCCUACCACAACUGCUAUUUCUCAAAUCAUAGAUACCAUUGGUGAGUUUCUGUUUUAUGCUAGUGAUGUGCUUGUGAAUAAGGAUAGUUUUAAGGAACUUGGUGCUUAUUUGGAAAGAAUCAUGCCGGUUUUGAAAGAAUUGAGGAAAGAAAAAGUGAGUGAUUCCGAGGCGUUCAACCGUGCUAUUGAUGUUAUGAAUCGCGAAACGAAGGGUGCGAAGUUACUUGCUCUAGAAUGUGGCAAGAAGAGCAAGUUUUAUCUGUUGAUGAAUUGCAGGUCCAUUGUAAAGCGGUUAGAGAAUCACACAAAGGAGAUAAGCAAGGCGCUCGGUCUUCUUCCUUUAGCUGCAUCGGGUCUUUCGGCUGGAAUAUUGGAAGAAAUUGAAAAGAUUUGUGAUAAUAUGGAGAGAGCUGGGUUUAAGGCUGCGGUAGCGGAUGAAGAGAUUUUAGAGAAAAUCGAGUCAGGGAUAAGGGAAAACAAUGUCGGUCGUUCUUAUGCAAAUAAUUUAAUAACUCUCAUUGCUGAGGCUGUUGGAAUUACAAAUGAGAGGUCGACAAUGAAGGUUGAACUUGAAGAGUUUAAGAAAGAAAUCGAAAAUGCCCGUGUUGAUAAGAAGAAGGCCGAAGCUAUGCAAAUGGAUCAGAUCAUUGCUUUGUUGGAAAGAGCUGAUGCAGCUUCAUCACCGUGCGAAAGGAAACUGAAAUACUUUGCGAAACGCCAAUCUUUAGGAACUCGGAUCUUAGAGCCUUUACAGUCAUUUUACUGUCCUAUCACACAUGAUGUUAUGAUGGAACCUGUUGAAACUUCAUCAGAUCAAACAUUUGAGAGAAGUGCAAUAGAAAAAUGGUUCGGAGAAGGAAACAAGCUGUGUCCUUUGACAUUGAUUCCUUUAGAUACAUCGGUUUUGAGACCUAACAAAACUUUGAAACAAUCCAUAGAAGAAUGGAAAGAUAGAAAUACAAUGAUUACAAUUGCUACUUUGAAAGAAAAAAUACACCAGUUUGGAGAUGAUGAUGAAGUAAUGGAAUGUCUAAAAACUGUUCAAGAUUUGUGUGAGCAGAGAGAGCAACACAGGGAGUGGUUGAUGCUUGAAGACUACAUACUAGUUCUUAUCCAAAUUCUCGGUUCGAAAAACCGCGAUAUAAGGAAUCGUGCUUUUGUCAUCCUUUGCAUUCUAGCAAAUGAUAAUGACGAAGCUAAGGAAAGAAUUGUAACGGUUGAUGAUGCAGUUGAAUCGAUCGUCCAUUCUCUUGGACGACGUUCAGAAGAAAGAAAAUUAGCAGUAGCAUUACUGCUUGAAUUAUCCAGAAAUGACAGGGCGCGGGAACACAUUGGAAAAGUUCAAGGUUGCAUACUGCUAUUGGUGACUAUGUCUAACGGAGAUGAUGACCAAGCUGCUAGAGAUGCAACUGAGCUGUUGUAUAAUCUUUCGUACUCUGAUCAGAAUGUUAUACUGAUGGCAAAGGCAAAUUAUUUCACGCAUUUACUGCAGCGUCUCUCCACAGGGCCAGAUGAUGUAAAGAUGAUUAUGGCCAGAACUUUAGCAGAAAUGGAGUUAACUGACCAUAAUAAAGAGUCUUUAUUUGAUGGUGGUGUAUUGGCUCCUCUUCUUCACCUAUUCUUACAUUAUGAUCUUCAGAUGAAAAAGGUGGCUACUAAAGCUCUUAGGAAUAUAUCAAGUUUAAAGAGAAAUGGACUAGAAAUGAUUCGACAAGGUGCCGCGCGACCGUUGCUUGACCUCCUUUUCCAUCAUAGCAUACAAACAUCAAGUUUAUGGGAAGAUGUAGCAGGCAUAAUCAUGCAACUUGCUGCCUCAGCUACCUCUCAAGAUGCCCAAACACUAGUUUUAUUACUAGAUUCUGAUGAUGAUGUUUUUAACCUUUUUCCUUUAGUCAGGGUGACACAACCUGGUGUGCAACAAAACAUUAUUCUGACCUUUUAUGUCUUGUGCCAGUCACCUUCAUCUUCAUAUAUCAAGACCAAGCUAAAUCAGUGCUCGGCUAUACCAGAAUUGGUUAGACUGUGUGAGAAUGAGAAUACAAACCUAAGAGCAAGUGCUGUAAAAUUGUUUUCAUGCUUGGUAGAGAGCUGUGAUGAAGCCAUCAUACUAGAGAAUGUUGAUAAAAAGUGCAUCAAUACUUUACUUCGGAUCCUAGAAUCUUCAUCUGAUAAAGAGGAAAUACUUUCUGCCAUGGGAAUAAUAUGCCAUCUGCCAGAAAUUGAUCAAAUAACUCAAUGGAUUCUGGAUGCUGGUAUACUUCCAAUCAUUUAUAAGUAUGUUCACAACGGUAGAGACAGUGAUCUUCAAAGGAGUAACUUAGUAGAGGAAGCAAUUGGUGCCUUACAUCGGUUUACAGUUCCAACUAACUUGGAGUGGCAAAAGGUUGCAGCUGAAACUGGUAUUAUAACUGUUUUAGUGCAGUUGCUUGGGAGUGGAACAACCUUGACAAAACAACGUGCGGCACUAUGUCUCGCUGAAUUUUCUAAAAGCACGGUUAGGCUCGGCAAACCUAUUCUGAACCGAAAAGGACUACUGUGUUGCUUCUCAGCUCCAAAUGAAAUUGGCUGCAGAGUUCAUGGAGGAAUAUGCACUGUCAAGUCAUCAUUUUGCCUGUUGGCAGCUGAAGCAAUUGGACCACUCACGAGGAAUCUUGGAGAAUCUGAUUAUGGAGUUUGUGGAGCUUCUUUGGACGCUUUAUUAACAUUAAUUGAAGGUGAAAAACUAGAGAGUGGUAGUAAAGUGCUUGCUAAAGCAAAUGCAAUACCCUUGAUAAUAAAAUUUCUCAGUUCUUCCUCUCCUGAGCUGCAAGAAAAGUCUCUAAAUGUUUUGGAAAGGAUUUUUCAGCUAGUAGAGUUCAAACAGUUGUAUGGAUCUUCAGCUCAAAUGCCUCUAGUUGACUUAACACAGAGGAGUAAUGGUAGAGUUAGAUCCAUGUCAGCUAGAGUAUUGGCACAUUUGAAUGUUCUUCAUGAUCAAUCUUCAUACUUUUGAGAGAAAAAAAAAAGGUUUGUUCAUGUUUAGUUUACUUUGCAGCUAAGCUAACAACGGGGAAUAAUCUUCUUUUGGUGUUUUAACUCUUCAUAACACCAGUGAUUGCAAACCGCAUAUUUGGACAGGAAAUGAGUGAGUAGGCAAAUUAGUCCUCGAAAUUGUAAGCAUCGGUCAAAAUAGUCCUUCAGUUUUCCGAACUGAGAACUACAUCUCUGACGUUGUAAAAUGUCAUUCAAAAUGGUCCCUCUGUUAUGUACAUUGUCGUUGACGUCAUUCCCACAUCAAUGUCAGUUUAACACCAACUCGAAAAACCUAACAUGAUGUUUCUCAAUCUUGUGAUCAAAAUGUUUUGAAACUCUGCAUUUGGCUAGCUGUCAUGGAGAAUCACUUAAGCUUAGCUCUUGUUUGGGCUGUUGUUGGUGUGUAUAUACAAAGGCAAGAGCUCCAUUGGACAUGAAGGAAUUGAUUUAUUUGAGGCCUAUAUUAAACGCCUCAAGUUACUUGUACAUUUGAAGAUUGAUUGUAUUGUAUUGCUUAAUAAAAGCCAUUUUUUUUUAUCAAUUGUAUUAUUUGCUAUUUGAAUUCAUUGUGAUUCUUCUUACAUAGUGAUAAAGAUAGCCAGAUAUUUUAUUAAAAGAUAGCCUAAUUAAAUUAA